AUAAUUCUAAAAUGAUUAAAAAGUUAUUCCAAAACCACUUUCAAAUGAUUGUACAAUGAUUCUGAAAAGAUUAAAAGAUUAUGAGCGAAUUACAUUUUCGAUUGAAAAGUAGUGGUUUAAGAACGAUUUUAAUAUUCUCCUUUAAUAUUCUCCUCAAAUUCUGACUAACAGCCUUUAAAAGUUUUGUUACAGUUAGAAUAAAUAUAAGUACCGUACACAUGAAGCAGAGCAAUGAAGUCGCAGUAGUCGAAGGCACACGCAAUAUGCCACCAGAAACCACACUACUUUGAAGCAGUUGAAAUUUGAUAGCCACCGACAGUCCGCCAGUCUCUAACCAAAGCGACGCUGCUAAAAAAUGACAGGAAACAGGCAGCACGGCUUAUGAGGAAUAAAACGAACUGUCAAACGAGAGACAGUCAACUCGAUCGAGAAUUUCUUUUUGUGUGAGAAGUCGUCGGGUGCACAUCGCGAGUCAACCGCGGACGGAGUUACUUCUUGAAGAGCCGGCGAACGAUCAAGCCAACAACGGACAAAAUCCCGCUGAGGCAUUAAAGAGAGAAAACCAAGAAAGGCCCUCCAGAGAGGGCUCUUUUUUCCUGUUUCUUUUUCCUGUUUUUGUGCUGUGGUGCGGUGUUCCGAAUUUCGGCGGCGUCGGAUUCGAACGGACUGUUCGGAAACGUGCAAGUCGGCACGGAAAGGACUGGAGCGGCUUUGAGGAUUGUCAGCUGGGAGCGGUGGCGGACUGGUGUUGCUGGACGGACGCCGCGAAGACCGGAUGGCAGUCAAGUGAGCUAGAUUAAGCAACGUGGGGUCGCACGGAGCGCGAAAUACCCGGCGACAAAAGUUGACAGGGAAUGAAAAGCAUAGGAGAUUAGAGCGGGACGGGAUGAAGAAGGAAGGAAAAUACACAGAAGUUGUUUAAGUAGAUUUGUGGCCAAUUUUCUUCAGUUUUGGGAAAAGCCUUUUUAUGAUGAGGUUAGCAUAUAGUCAACCCGUAACAUUGGCGCCCAACUGAAAGAUCCACAUUUGAUUUAUUUAUUUGGUUACCGUUAAGUGAACUAUUUUUGAAAUUUUCGUUUUGUGAUAGUUACGGUUUGUUUUAUAAGAUUAUUUAACACAUUUUGGUUUGUAAUACCCGAUAAAAAAUCCACUAAAAUGGAUUAUACUCAGCUUACAGAUGAGGAGAUAACCUACGAAUUGGCGCUACGCCACAUGGUCAACUUAGGACCAAUGACGCACCGACUCAAAGUUCAGCGAUUGAACAACGCGGUACAAGAUGAUCUUGCAAAAAAUAGUAGUCGAUCGGAGUCUACACACAUCAUGAGUCCGACCGUCAACUUUGAAGUUUGCCAAUUGGCGGUUGCGACAAUACAAAAUGAAAUUCAACAUGCAAUCAAUAAUCAUGACAUUCAUGCACUUACAGUGCUUCUAUCGCGUCUUACACACUACAAAAAUCGAUUGGCCAUUGUAAAGCCACCGGGUCUUUUUUCAGAAGCGGUCAAGUCUACUCGGUUGCUCGUAAACGAGCUUCAUAGUGAAGUGAACAGUGUAUUAACCAAUCCAGUGAGUCAACUAGUGUCACGAAUAACAGCAGAGGAAGCAGGAGCAGCUAGUGGAGAUGCCACGAAUGAAGAGCACAAUUUUAGCGGAAGAGCAACGUUGCCAGCAGCUAGUUCACCGGUGGUUGCAGGUCGAGGCCGAGGUAGAGGAUUGCCAACACACGACGUCUCGGGAUAUCGGGGCAGUCAGGGCGGAGUGCAGUCGGAGGGACACGUUACACCCCAUCAAAGUAUUAAUGCAUCCAGCGUUUGGCAACCGCAAACCAACGGGGAGAUAGCGACUAGAGAGCAGCAACAACGCGAUGAAGCAGCAGGCAUACAACGCGCUGCGGCUGGCAUGGGGAGACGCAUUUUUGGACAGCAGACGCAAACCGCCACAGCAAUGGGCCAUUCAAGGUGUCGCGAUGUACGCGAUCAAUUCGAUCAACUACGGAAUGAUAUGCUGCGCUAUUUGCUGAGGCAUGAAGCCAGACCAACAGCGGAGAGAGGCGAGGAUAGACGUAUACUAAAGGCGAUUCACAACUGGCCGUUCAAGUUUAGAGGACAAAAAGACACAACAUCCUUGAACAUUUUCUUGGAUAGGGUGGAGAUAUUCGCGAGAUCGGAAGGCAUGAGUGACGAGGUAUUGCUAGCUUCGAUCAAACAUUUGCUACAGGAGGAUGCAUUAGACUGGUACGCGCGAGCUAUGGUGCAAGGUUCACUAGGCUCGUGGGAGGCGUUUAAACAUUAAGUACGAAAAGAGUUUCUGCCAAGUCAGUACGCACACAUUUUGCGUCUAGAAGCAAGUUUUCGUUAUCAAGGAGUGAAUGAGCCGUUCGCCAAGUUUUAUCGGGAUAUAUCGGCCUUGUUCCGAUUUGUUUCACCACCAAUGUAAGAGGAUGAAAAGUUAUUUAUCGUGAAAAACAACAUGAGCGAGGACUACGCCGUGAUCACUGCCGCCGCAAGAGCACGCACACUGAGGGAACUACUCGAAGUAUGUACGAGCUACGACGAGACGAAAAUGCUACAUAGCAGGCAGCGCCGUACGCAAAUUCCGCAUAACGCGUUACUGGAACCCAAUUUCGCAACUCCAGCAGCUCCGCAAAGACCUGCAGCACCUUCUCUUCAGUAUCCUCGGUUACGUAGGGUACAUGCAGUAACACAAGAAGAGGACAUACAAGCCGCAGCCGAAGGCAGGCGAGUCGCAUCAGAGACGGAUGAAACGCUUCAAGUAGACAACAGUGAGAAUUGGCAAUUCAAGUUAGAUCAAUUGGUGGAGCAAGUAAGCGCGAUGAAGGCGUUUCUUACAGCGAGAGGUCCUAGACCGGGACACGCGCAAAGCGAUGUUGAUUGGGCACACAGCAAUCAGCAAACACGAUCGAAACAAUGGGCAUCGGCUCAAAAACCACCCGCAAGACAGCCAGCGCAGGCGCAAGUAUCACAAGCUUCGCAAGGGACGCCGGCCAGGCAGUUUCAACAAGCGCGGACAUCACAAGACCGACAAGCGCAGUUCGAGAGAAGGGAGCCGACAAGGGAUUAUCGGCAACUGACGUUGAUUUGUUGGAACUGUGAUGAAGAGGGUCAUCGUUUCAUGGACUGUCCGAAGCCGCAGGCCAUUUUGUUCUGCUACAGAUGUGGACGAAAGGGACACUCCCUACGCAGCUGCAUAACGUGUCGCACAGACACGGGAAACCUAGCGGCGGAGAAUCUGCAAUAGAGGGCGUCGAAUCUCCGCAGCAGUCUAAUAAGCCCCUCAACACCACCGAACUAGGACAACUUGACUCGAUUGUGAUUAACCCCGGAAAUGACAUUCGACCACACGCCGUUAUUAAUAUCCUAGGCAAGGAACUCAGCGCGUUGCUCGAUAGCGGUGCAAAUUGUUCGCUACUAGGAGGGAAGAACGUAUCAAUAGUAGGAGAGCUGAAACUACGGAAAAGUGAGAUACAGGGCGGAAUAAAAACAGCUGAUGGUACACAACACCGAAUUCGGCAUUUCGUUCAAGUUCCAAUAGUGUACAAUAACCGCAACGAUACUAUACCUUUACUUCUCGUACCGACAAUUCCGGACUGCGUGAUUCUUGGUAUGAACUUCUGGAACAAAUUCGGAGUGAAAGCGAUUUGCUGUUCAAUGGAGGUACAGGUGGAGACAGCACCGGAGCAAAACGAGACCGAGUUAAAGACUCUUACGACAGAGCAGCAACAGCAGCUUCAGCUUACAAUCGCACUGUUUCCAAGAGCGAGUGAAGGCAAACUAGGAAGAACCACCCUAUAUGAGCACAGGACAGUCGUGGGUUAAGCUCUACCACGCAAACAACGGCAUUACCCGAUGUCACCAUACGUUCUAGAAAAAGUGAACCGCGAAAUUGAUCGCAUGAGCGCUCUUGAUGUUAUAGAAGAGGCCAUGUUUUCGCCAUGGAACAACCCGUUGGUUGCAGUAAAAAAGAAGACGGGAAAGUACCGAGUUUGCUUGGACGCGCGCCAUCUGAUUUCUGUGAUGGUAAACGAAGGGUAUCCGAUUCCACAAAUAUCCGCAACAACUUAGGAGGCUGCGCAUACAUCUCAUCGAUCGAUCUGAAGGACGCGUUCUGGCAGUUACCCUUGCAGAAAGCGUCAAGACCAUUGACCGCAUUUACCGUACCAUCCAGAGGACACUUUCAGUUCAAGGUAGUGCCGUUUGGGCUGUGCACCGCCAGCCAAGCAUUAGCGCGUCUUAUGACCAAGCUUUUCGCUGAUAUGGAGCCACAGGUGUUUCACUACUUGGAUGAUAUAAUCAUCUGCUCAUGUACGUUUGCAGAGCACAUUAUAACGCUGGAAGAAGUAGCAAAAAGACUGCAGCGAGCAAAUCUGACUAUUUCGGCAGAGAAGUCCAAGUUUUGUCGGCGAGAAAUUAAGUUUCUAGGGUAUGUUCUGAAUGAGAGCGGCUGGAAGACCGACGAAGAGAAAGUGGAGAGCAUUGUGAAGUUUCCGAUCCCCACAAAUAGAAAAGAGGUUCAGAGAUUCCUCGGACUUUGCAAUUGGUAUAGGCGAUUCAUUGCGGAUUUCUCAUACAACGCUGCGCCGAUAACGGAGCUAACCAAAUUGAAGACCAGGUUCAAAUGGACUCCAUCCGCGGAAGACGCUUUCUUAAGGCUGAAAGCAGCGUUGGUGUCGACACCGGUGUUGGCAAUGCCGGAUUACACAAAACCGUUCGCGAUCGCAUGUGACGCGAGUGACGUAGCGAUAGGAGCUGUGUUGACACAGGAGACUGAUGGCGAGGAACACCCGAUCUGCUACUUUUCACAGAAGUUGUCAUCGGCGGAGUGAAAAUACUCAGUAACGGAACGAGAGUGCUUGGCAGUAAUUCGAGCAGUUGAGAAGAUCCGUGGCUACAUCGAAGGAGUUCACUUCACCGUAUAUCGCGACCAUGCAGCACUGAGCUAUUUAAAGUCUAUGAAAAACCCAACAGCGCUCAUGAGUCGUUGGCUGCUCAGGUUAAAUGCGUUUGACUUCGAAAUAAAAGGAUCGUGGCGAGCGUAGCACUCACGGUGGAUCAAAUCAAAGAUCCUUGGUAUAGAAGCUUACGAGAGCGUGUACUCGAGAAGGCGGACAGUUUCCCAGACUUUCGAGUCACGAAUAACGAACUGUAUAAGAAUUGCCUUUGCAGAGAGGGAUCGGGACUGACAACCCAUAGAAGAACGGAAAGAGGUCAUCAACAGAUUCCACGACUCACCAACCGCAGCACAUCUCGGUUUCCAGAAGACUUGGGGGAAGGUACAAUCUUAUUUUCACUGGCCGAACCUGCGAGAAGAUGUCAACAAGAACGUGCGAAAAUGCGGAAUAUGCAAGGCAAGCAAGGCAGCGAACACGAAAAUGAUGCCGCAGAUGGGAAAACUGAAACCGGCAAAACUCCCCUGGGAACUCAUCUCGAUGGAUUUUUUGGGUCCGCUGACUCGUUCCAAACGCGGCAACACAGUAAUACUCGUUAUUGUAGACUGGGUCACCAAGUACGUCAUCGCACAUCCGAUGCGCAGCGCAGACUCGUCAAAGAUGGUGGAGUUUCUUGAACAGGCGGUAUUUCUUAAGUUCUCGCGGCCACGCAUUGUUCUGUCAGAUAACGGAAAGCAGUUCCAGUCGCAGAUCUUCAAAUCGCUGUUGCUUCGCCACAAAAUCGACCACAUGAGAACAGCCUAUUACUGCCCGAUGGUGAACAACGCCGAGCGCGUCAAUCGAGUGUUGAUUACAUGUAUUCGGUCGCUAUUGGAUGGAGAUCAUAAAGAGUGGGAUCAGAACAUUCCGGCAAUCACGGCAGCGAUAAACAGUGCCAAACACGAGACUACUGGCGUAAGCCCGCUCUACGCAAACUUCGGUAGAGAUUUGGUGCUACACACGGACCUGUAUACGCAACAGCUACUGAACACGGCGGAGGAUCCGAAAGUGGCACAGGAGAUGCGUCUGUCAACGAUACGACGGAUACACGAGUUCGUCCUGCAACGAAUUAAGGGAAAUCACGAAAAGAUGAGGCGGCGGUACAAUAUGCGAAAACGAACAACCUCGUUUAAGAUUGGAGACGUGGUUUGGAGAAGGUCGUUUGGACUGUAGUCGAAGGUAAACCACGUAAACCAAAAACUAGAGCCAAAAUUCGUCCCAGCCAUCGUGAGAGAUGUCAUAGGCUGCAACUUGUAUCUGCUAGAAGACGUGGCUACUGGCAAAAAAGGCAGGUACCACGCAAAGGACGUCAAAGCAGACUAAGGGCAGUUGUUCAAGCUAUGUCCACAGGCUAGACCUGUCAACACAAAAAAGCAACUUGCUACCAAAAUACCGCGUAACAACCGGGAAAAACCGCGAGCGCCAGGUGUGAUGAGCAACAACAUUUUAAAACUACCUCUCCACCUGGACAGCGUAAAUCGGACCAUCCUUGCCGAAGCAGAUCCCCAGAUCGCGCUGAAAAUAAGUAACUGACGCACCCGAAAUAAGCAGAGGAAACAAAAGUGGUAACGCAUAACCGCUUGCCGUUCGCGAUUCGGGAGAAAUCGUACCCUGUCGGGCUGGAAACGGUUCGCAGGGAGGUUCGCAACACUCUAACAAGUUCCUGGAUAGGAGGAGCGGAAACCUCGAGAUCGGCGGUCGAACCGUGGCGACGGAGAGUGGAAGCUUACGGCCACUAUCAACGAAACAGGAAACCAUAGGAGUGAAAUUAAUCGACAAAUUAGAAACCGGCAACAUCAGAGUACAGGCGAACCGCUAUCGUAGAGAAAAAAAAACGACUUACGAGCUUGACAGAAGGACGUAGCAGCCCACACAGGCGCGCCGUUUGCGGAACGAGAGAAACCGGGAAAGUGGAAGCAGAGGUAACACGACGGAGCAGAGCAAGACAACGAAAACGCACAGCAGAUCGGCGCGAAGCAAAAUUAGUUUGAGCAAACAAAAAAAAAAAAAAGAGUCUCAAUUUUGACAAAGCAAAGCGCCAACAUUAUCGAACAAUCCGUCGUCCUCGACCACAAAGUGAUGUCACGCCUGCCGUUCACGAAGUGAGAGAAAUCGUACACUGCGGAAUUGGAUCAGGUCACGCAGGGCAGACCACCAGUCAGGUUCCUCACAGGCCAGCCAUUACCAGAUCGGGAGAAACUGGAACCACCAAGCUAUGAGCAACACCAGCUACAAAAAGCACUAGCCAAAACACGCAAGACGGAAAGAGUUGUACGCCUGGAUUGGUGCCAUACAGUGUGUAAGAUCCAACGGCAAAUUUGCAAGACCAGUAAUUUCGGGUCAGAUACAGUUGUGAUAGGGGUCGUCAUGAAAUUUUACAUUCCAAAGUAACGCGAAUCUAAGGCGCGGUAAAACCUUAGCUCUGGGCUCAUGGCGAUCAAGGAAUUAAAUACUCCUUUUCCAAGCGCAGCUGUUAUCUAUAUACAAACCAUAAAAAACUAUCACAAUGUUUCAGUCCUAUUUUGUUUAAGUUUAAUGUUUUGCGUUCAAUUCUAGCCUAUUUAGCAAAACCAAUAGGUUAAGAGUUUUCUGAAUGUUUUGCCGCCGCAAACGCAAGUUUCGUGAAGUGGGGGUUUAAGGACUUAACCGGAGACAACUAGCCAAACCUUAGUUGGCGUUGAUCGAAAUCUUUAGCCAGGAUUUGCUGGCGUUAUUGUUGCAGUUUUGGGUUAUGUUUGUUUAGUUAAGUCACAGUAAAUUCUUAUGCUAGCAAGAGUUUACUAUAAUGGCCUUGAAGAUUCUUCGAGGACCUCAAUCGGUCGAUGGCUCCGAUCCACUCCUUAACGGUAGCGAUGUUUCAAUUUCUCAUAAAUCGUGCUGUCGCCGAUUUAUGAGAAAUUCACCUUGGCGGUAAUGUUGUGUUACAGUUAGAAUAAAUAUAAGUACCGUACACAUGAAGCAGAGCAAUGAAGUCGCAGUAGUCGAAGGCACACGCAAUAUGCCACCAGAAACCACACUACUUUGAAGCAGUUGAAAUUUGAUAGCCACCGACAGUCCGCCAGUCUCUAACCAAAGCGACGCUGCUAAAAAAUGACAGGAAACAGGCAGCACGGCUUAUGAGCAGGGAUGCCACAUAUACCGAUUUUUCUGUAUUUUACAGAUUUUUGAACUGAAAAAGCAAUACAGAAUCUGUAUUACAGAAUUACAGAAUAUUGCCAAAAAUACAGAUUUUACAGAUUUUUUUGUUAUGAGCAUGAGUAUGAUUUACCGCCCGCGGUUGCUACUUCGUUAUUGCCAGAUCAGCUGUAAUUACACAGAGAACCAACAGAUGAUGCUUGGGACCAACAUGCAUCCUCAAUGUGUAAAAUCUGGUGACCUUAAUCUUUAUUUUAGGCAAUACUAGCGCCGGCCGCAACCUAUAUAAUGCAGGUCAAAGAAGGAAUUUGUAUAGGAGAAUGUUGACGUGAUACUCGCUUAUUGGAAGCCGAGAACACCUCUGCACUUCCACGAGAAAUCACUGGGAUGUUGGAGAAAGGGCAAGGUACACAGCAGGGUUCGUUUUGGUAAACGAUGCGCUGGUUUCGAGUGUCGGGUUCUUUAGAACAAGUAUCGCGCGAACAAGUUAAUUAUAUCCGCCAUGAUAUUCAUAAUGCGAUUCGAACUUAUUUAGUUUUACAAUGUAACAAUGAUCAAAUUGGGACAACUUGAAAUGAUAUGAUAUCUCUUCGUAAGGUGAUCCUCUUUACACCGAAAUCUAUUGCGCGUUGUUGAUCUAUCCGCAGAUAAUUCGACCUCAUGAAGGUAUCGACGCGGAGUCACUAGGGGUUCGGUCAACCGGGCAUUUUCUACCUAAUUGAUCGACCAACGACGUUUCUCGUACACACUUUGUCUGCUCUAAAAAAAACGAUACGAUUCCGCGAAAAACACACCUGAAAAACAGAAUAUAACAAUGUUGCGCGCUUAUUACGAAAACUAACCAUGAGUAUAUUUCUUGCCAAACAUCGCGAUCAUCUGCGUACGACGCACGCGAUGGAUUUUACAGAUUUUUUUGUUAUACCAAUGAACUGAAAUCAAUUUUAAAGGUAUAAUUCGAUUCGAUUUUCAAAGUUUUGUAAAAAAAAACAACAUCAGGAUUAUGUAGGUAUCGAUAAAGAAGAAAUGGAAUGUGACUUGAACGAAGCCCGAAAACGAGCGUUUCGAAAUAUUUUUUCUAUUCAAAAUUCGUAGAACAAAUUGCAAAGAGGAGCGAUUUCACCGAUCCUGUUAUAAAAAUGGCAGAUGCGAUUAUUCCCCAAAUUCGUAACAAUAACUGACUGACAAGGGCUAUCUAACUAAUUUCGCACGCUUGAAAAAAAAAACUUUUUGACCGGAAGAUUCAUUGAAACAAAUGACUUAACUUGGUCUGAGCUGUUGAACACCAUUAGGCGGGAUGGUAAUUUCAAGUUUCUAUUACAGAUCAUUUGUGAGAAUUUUUUAUAUAAAUCUACACUCUUCGGUUUGUUUAGAACGCAUACUUUUAAUAUAUAUUUGAAACCAGAAAUUGCAUGGCCCCUAAGCUAAUGAUUUCAAUUUAAAAAGCUGAGAGCUACGUUGCAGAACAAGAAGGAGAUUCUAAUAUUAAAUCAACGAAAACUUUAAAAAAUAAAUUUAACAAAAACCUGUAUGAACAUCAUGUAGAGAAGAAUGAAUUUGUUUAAAUAUGUUCUGCAAGUAAAUUUUUUCCAUCCAAGAUUCUGAGUUUGCUCAAUACUGAUUUUUAAUACAGAUUUUUUGUCCCGAGAUACAGAUAUACAGAUAUUUUCAAAGAAAAAUACAGAUAUAAAUGUGGCAACCCUGCUUAUGAGGAAAAAACGAACUGUCAAACGAGAGACAGUCAACUCGAUCGAGAAUUUCUUUUUGUGUGAGAAGUCGUCGGGUGCACAUCGCGAGUCAACCGCGGGGGGAGUUACUUCUUGAAGAGCCGGCGAACGAUCAAGCCAACAACGGACAAAAUCCCGCUGAGGCAUUAAAGAGAGAAAACCAAGAAAGGCCCUCCAGAGAGGGCUCUUUUUUCCUGUUUCUUUUUCCUGUUUUUGUGCUGUGGUGCGGUGUUCCGAAUUUCGGCGGCGUCGGAUUCGAACGGACUGUUCGGAAACGUGCAAGUCGGCACGGGAAGGACUGGAGCGGCUUUGAGGAUUGAUAGCUGGGAGCGGUGGCGGACUGGUGUUGCUGGACGGACGCCGCGAAGACCGGAUGGCAGUCAAGUGAGCUAGAUUAAGCAACGUGGGGUCGCACGGAGCGCGAAAUACCCGGCGACAAAAGUUGACUGGGAAUGAAAAGCAUAGGAGAUUAGAGCGGGACGGGAUGAAGAAGGAAGGAAAAUACACAGAAGUUGUUUAAGUAGAUGUGUGGCCAAUUUUCUUCAGUUUUGGGAAAAGCCUUUUUAUGAUGAGGUUAGCAUAUAGUAAACCCAUAACAGUUUAAUACUUUGAAGCCUGCAAAAUUGCUAACCUUUGUGAAACUUUUCGACGAAUAGCAUCAUUGUUCGUUCAUUCCGCCGUCAGCGCGAUUGAUAUCGCGUCAAUUACAUUAUUACCGUAACAAUGCCGCCGUGCCAUCGGUACUACCGCUGGACGCCGAACGCACUGGCGUCAGACAAAAAAAAAACGUAUUCUUCCUCCGGGACCUGUGACAGUGCGUUCCGUCCCGUAAUUGCAGCUCAUCAACACAUGCAAUGCGAAGGCGCUCAGUCACUUUGUGCCGUUGUUUCAUUGCGGAUUGCACCGUGCAAAAGCUUAAUUGAAUUACGUGCUGGUGUUGUUAAUGGAUCGUUUUUUUUCUUUCUCUCUCUUUUUCUUCUUUCUCUUUCC